UCCAUGCAUCCUAUUUGUUAACAGCGCAUUGAAAAGUCAACGCCCUUACCAACGGGCUGGUAGACAAACCCUGUGGCUCAAGCCGGAAAAAUCAGGGCGGCGUUUUCUACGGAGACGCUACAGAACGUAACACUAUGGAGGAAGAAUUAAUGAAUUACAAUGAAAGUUAGCGCUCCAUAUAGACCGAUUCACAGUCGAGCCAAAGUCCUAGUUGCUUUUAAGUCUUCCAGGAGAACAGUCUAUCGUAUCUGGAGCGUGAUUGGAUCAACAGGAAAGAAGUUGACACUUUUUUGCAUGAAUAGGUUUGAUCAGCCGUCAGAAAUCGGCCUUCUGGAGGCGCCAUUGUCAGUGACACCGAUACGGGAAUAAAACGGACAUUGUAUGUGGACAGUUUUGUAAUGUUGACUGAGUGUCAGCACAUUGUGCACGGGUGAAAUCAAAGCAGGGCGAGCAAAUACCUGACCAGGAGCUGACACUUUAGCGAGUAUCAUCAGCUGUUCUGCCAAAACUGCCUGCACCGCAAAGAGUCUUCUUCUGAUUGGAAGUUUUUUCCGCCGCCGUCCUGACUUGCAAACUUGUGCGGGUUAUCAGAACGUCGACAGCGCAAAGUGGAGCCGGCAGAGUAAAGGCGGAGGGUGAGAGACAGUUUGGUCCGAUCGAGUGGAUAAGGGAAAGCGCCUGCGGGGAAUCGGGGCAAAACUUCGACAUACAUCCUCAACUGGUGGAUGAGUGUUACUGCAUCACUCCUGCCCGAUAAUCCCCUGAUGUAGGUCACUAAAGAGGUUCCUGUGUUAAGACUUGUCCCUCUUGAGCAGUACUUGAAAUUCUACCAACUAUGAUGAAUGUUCCUAGCUGUAGGAAGUAGACGUUAGACAGACACAGGUGGAGAUACAAUACAGACACAACGAAAUAUACAAACAAAGACAAUGUCAAACGGGAAGACCAAGAAUACAGACCCUAGGCUUGUAGUGCUGGGGGCUGCUGGUGUGGGCAAGUCGGCUGUCGUUGUUCGAUUCAUGACCCGUCGAUUCAUUUGGGAGUAUGACCCCACACUUGAAUAUACCUAUAAGCACCAGACGACAGUUGAUGACGAAAUGGUUACCAUGGAAAUCCUGGAUACAGCUGGAGAUGAUUUCUCAAACCAAAGAGAAGGUCAAAUUCGUUGGGGUGAUGGAUUUGUGCUGGUGUAUUCCGUGAACAGCAGAGACAGUUUUGAAAAAGUUCAGCAUAUAAAGAGACACUUAGACGAAGUGAAGAAAACUAAUGUACAGUGUAUUCUAAUUGGAAAUAAAACAGACUUACACCACGAGAGAAAUGUGACAACAUCUGAAGGUGAACAUUUAGCCGCUGAAAUGGCUUGUGCUUUCUACGAAACGUCGGCCAGCGACGGAAGCCCGGAAAUCGUCGAAGCCUUCCACGAACUUUAUCGAGAGGUUAAGCGUCGGAAAGCCCUUGCUGGUAAACCCCGACGGAGAAGUUCGGCCCAGCAAGUGAAGCAAGUGAUCAGCAAAGUACUCCGCGGGAUACAGAGUGGGUCUUAGUGGAACCAGCUGAAAUCCACGUCAUCCCCGACCACAAGGUUCUAAAGUGCUCUGUGAUUUUCACCAACGACGUAAUAAUAAACAUUUCGGACGAUGUAAAGUAUAUAUGCAACGCCAUGCAUAUUCCGCAUACUUGUAUGUGCAUAUAACAGGCUUAGUUUUAGCUAUCGAUUGUACACGUGCCAAACAUGAUUUACAUUCGUUAUGCCUUGAAAGUGUGUAAUAACGUUAUCCAUGUACGUUAUCACAACGGCCAGUUCUUAAACAGCGAAUCAAGCUCAUUGCCAUCAACGUAGUAUAUAGAAUUAUAGAUCAUUUCAGAUGAAUACAUUGAUGCAUGUACAUGUUAUGACGUGUUAAAUUCUUAAAAAUAACAUUCGUGAAUGAUUCCAUAUUCUAAACUUCGGACAGUACGGACAUUCAUUUCUGAAACUUGCAGUUUUGCUUUUGAAGAGCGCCAAUUUUGUGUUACUUGUGUAUACAGAGUGCCGUGAUCAGUCCACAAUGGGUGUCUUCAACAUACAGUCGUACAAUAGCAGACACCAAAAUGGCAAUUCGUUUAUCAUCCAUCUAAGCUGAAACACGUGCUGUACAUAGUGUGCGUUUUCACGCAAUGUAAUUCAGUGGUUUACGAAAAAAAUGUAGAAAUACUAUGUCACUUAUUGCGAACGCGGGUCUGGUGUGAUCGAAGCGAAACAAAUUAAAUUUUACAGGUAUAGAAUUAACAACACAUAUAUUUGUUUAUUUGAUUGGUAUUCAACACCGUAUUCUCUUAUACGACGACGGUCUGGUUCUUUGGUGACAGAAAGCGGAAUGUCUUAAACCACCACCCAUCACCACCCAGGUAUAUGACUAAUCUCCUGACUAGUGAGAUUCCUGAUUUAGUGAGAGCUGGAUUCGAGCCAGUGACCUCAGUGAUCACUAUAUGUAAUCGUUAGGUCUAUUCAUUGCUUAAUUGCUUUAAGCGUUAAUUAUUUCAUCAAUUAAAACUGGUAUGUAUGUAUAUAUGUUGGUACAGUUAAUAU